AUGUCAUGUAAAUCAAAUAUGAUUCGCAGUUAGCUGUUUACGUCAAUGCAAAGCAGACAUGUGUUAAAAGUUGGAUACAAACUUCUUUGCUGGUGCAGAAGUUUCUCCGACUACAAACAUUGAUAGUAGCUAGCUACUGAUUAUUCUCGACCACUUGAUUUCUCGUUUAAUUUCUCGCUUGUCUACACUUAGAUAGAUAGCUAGGUCAGCUAUUUACGAUUUUAGACACGCUUUAUUUCUUCGGUGCACAUUGCUCGUACCUGGUACCACUAGCUAACUCUAUAGCUACGUUUUACGAUGAAUAUCGUCGUUGAAUUUUUCGUUGUAUCUUUCAAAGUAAUGUGGUCUUUUGUUUUGGCCGGAGCGAAGUGGUUAAUUAAGCCCGAGGAGAAGAGUGUGGAGGGUCAGGUGUGUGUAAUAACCGGAGGCGGUAGUGGACUGGGACGGUUAUUUGCUGCGGAGUUCGCCCGACGUCGCGCGACCCUCGUGCUCUGGGACGUCAAUCGACGAGCAAAUGAGGAGACGGCAGAGCUUGUGCGGGACAUUUACCGAGAGAUGGUCCCUCCAAAGGGAUUUAGAAACAGCGUUGGAGAGUUGCAGUUAUUUCAGCCCCAAGUUUACACCUAUGUGUGUGAUGUUAGCAAGCGCGAAAGUGUGUAUUCAACAGCAGAGAAGGUUCGACGAGAAGUGGGAAAUGUCACUUUUCUCAUCAACAACGCCGGAGUAGUUUCAGGACACCAUCUACUUGAAUGUCCGGAUGAAUUAAUUGAAAAGACUAUGAUGGUGAACUGCCAUGCACAUUUCUGGACUACCAAGGCAUUUCUUCCCAAGAUGCUGGAGUUAAAUCAAGGACACAUUGUGACUGUGGCCAGCUCUUUGGGUCUAUUUAGUACUGCUGGUGUGGAGGAUUAUUGUGCGAGCAAAUUUGGUGCCAUAGGUUUCCAUGAGUCCCUGAGUCAUGAGUUGAAGGCAGCCAGUAAAGACGGGAUUAAGAUGACUCUGGUCUGUCCGUUUCUGGUGGACACAGGCAUGUUCAAAGGUUGCAAAAUCAGGAAGGAGAUGGCACCGUUUUUCCCUCCACUGAAGGCAGAGUACUGUGUGGAACGAGCCAUGAGAGCCAUCCUCACAGACCAGCCGAUGGUCUGCACACCACGAACAAUGUACGUGGUCACCUUCAUGAAAACGGUUUUGCCAUUUGAUGCCAUCGUGUGCAUGUACCGUUUUCUUGGUGCUGAUAAAUGCAUGUAUCCCUUCCUGGCUCAGCGAAAAGAGUCCACAAACAACAAUGGGAUGAAACCUGGGAUGUAGAUUCCCACUUCCCAUCCCCACAGCAUGAAUGGACACUCUGCCACUGGUUCUUCGAUAUGCUCAGUGCAAUCAGGUUCCUUGGUAGCACACACAAACUAUACAUUUCAGUAAGAACAUAAUGUAAAUAUAUAUGUAUUUCUACUUGUGUAGCUGCCUACAUUUGUUUUUAACCAAGGUAAUUUCAGAAUCAGUGAUAUGUACGCUGAUCAGCCUAUUUGAUUAUGAAUUAUGCAGUAUGUUACUGUAAGAAUGUGCAAUAGGGUCUUGUAUAUAGAUCUUUUUUUCCACUGCUUUCUACUUAACAUGAUGAGUUGACGAGACUGUUCCUUCUAGCUGAUGUCUUGUCACUUCAUUGGGUGUAUUAUCCUGAAAACACAAAACAUUGUUUAUUUAGAGGUGAAUUAUAUAAGAAUGUUACAAUAAAAUCUUUGUUAAAAUUGUUUCUAA